AUGAGCACUUACCCCGUAUACUAUGGUACCCCGGCUCAGCGGCCCCGGUCAGUCCUUUCGGCUGGCUAUCGAGGCGUCACGAUCGCACUCGGUGUCAUCUGCAGCCUGGCCGCCCUCGGUUACGGCCUGCUCUUGAUCGCCAUCCAGAUCAUGGCCCUCACCAGCUACAUUCCUUACCAGCUCAGAAAAGCCUCAUACUCGCCGACGGUCAUCGGAAUUGCGUGGAGGUUUGUCGUCGGCAUCUUGCUCGUCACAGUGGUCGCACCUAUCGCCAUUGCUGCCGCAGUUGUCGCGGGAAGGCGUGCCCCGAGCAAACCUUGGGCGUGGGUUCUAACCUUGAUUGCCACCAUUCUGUUCAUCAUCAUCAACUUGGGCUUGCGUAUCGGCAUAUGGGUAAUACUUCGUUGCGGUAGCGGAUAUUGUAACGGCAUUAUCGUGGAGCGUCUGUGGGCCGCUCCUGCUGGCCUAGCUGCUGGCUGGCUCGUCUUCGGCAUCUACUUCACCAUCUUCUUCAAGAAGAACCGUGCAGAGCAGUCCACCGCGCCCGUACCUGUCCAACAGCAGCCGCUCAUGGGCCAGCAGUACACGUACGGCGCGUACGGUGCCCCGCAGCCGCAUCCUCAGGCGUAUCCCGCUGCGUACCCCGGCUACACACCCCAGCCGUACCCCUACGCCACGCCCUACGAGAACCGCGGCCUCGACGAGGACAAGGACAGCUUCAAGGACAACAGCGCGGCAUACGCUGCCGCUCCGUAUGCCGGUCGCUAG